UGCGAUGUGACGUAUUACACAACCAUCUUCAUCUUUUGUGAAUUUUUUAAAGGCUGUUUGUCACUAGUGGUUUAAUAAGAGUGGUAUGGUAGAUAUACAUGAUAUCCCUGACUCAUUUAAACCCAUGGUCAAAUGUGAGAAAAUCCCCAGCCUUGAAGUGUAUAGGCUUGAAACUAAAGACAAGAGAAUGGUGCGUCCCAUUAGGAGAAGAUGGUGCCAGCCACCCAUAGCUGAGAAAUUCUGGAAGGCAAUUAUUUAUAUACGACAACAGAAGCAGAUCCCUAACAAUGAAAGGAUCUGUCGUUAUAUGAUGCGGGAACAUGAGAUGACAAAGAGUGAAUGUGAAACGGAGCUUGAUUAUGCCGUAAAAGAUGGUCUUGUGAUGAACUAUAAAAUGAUUGGAUCUAAGGGUGUUAAGACAGGCAUAGAGCAGGAGGGAUAUAAACUACCAGAAUCAGAUUUUUCUGUGUCUGAGCUUGGAAGCCACGAUUGGUAUUGUUUUGAGUGCCAUGAUACAGGGGAGGUCCUCCAGUGCUCCGACUGCUGGAGAGUCUACCAUACCUCAUGUACAGGGGAGGAUUGGUCAGGAGUCACCUUCAAGUGCACCCUCUGCAAGGAAAUUGACGCCAGCAAAAGAAAAGGAAAAAUAUCCCGUAAAGAAAUAAACAAACUUUUGUACUAUGUGGUGAAAAGAUUAAAAGAAAAGACCAAGGAACUGCACAGAAUGGGUUCAGAGCUGGAGGACCAAAGAUUCCACAAGUUCCUCUUUAUGCUGAUGGAUCUGAACACAAUGGAGCAGAAGACAAAGGACAGAAUGUACAGGUACUUACCUGAGUUCCUGGGAGAUGCAAAGACUGUCCUACACAACACAAAGCUCAUCUAUGGAGCCAAACAUGAGUUGAGUAAACUAGCUGAUGCAGUCAUGGUGGAUUGUAGAUAUGAUCUGGCAGAGAUCCGUCAGUGCAAGGAUUGUUAUUACUUCAGUAAUGCUAAGCCAAAGAACUGGUUCGCUGAGCCAUGUUCACCACCACAUGAACUAGUAUGGGCCAAGCAGAAAGGCUUCAGUCACUGGCCUGCCAAAGUCAUGAAGAUAGAAGGCAAUAUGUAUGAUGUUAGAUUCUUUGGGGCUCUCCAUCAGAGAGCAAACCUUCCCAAGACUGCCAUCAAACCAAUCAGUUUGAGUGUAAGGGAGAUUGGCGCAAAACGCACGCAAGGAUUCAUCAAGUCUUGCGAGGAACUGCAACGUCAUCAGGCCCUCUGUGCCAGAGCUCUUCAACAACAGGAAGAUGGUGAAGAAGAUGAAGAAUCGGAUGAGGCCCCAGAUUUGACGUUUCAUGCGGCUGGAUCACCCCAACCUACUCCCGAUUCUCCACAACCUAAGCGUGAGAAGAACAGAGUUAACAGCAUGGAGAUAUCCAGCUCUGUUACGUCAAUUCCUGAGAAACCAGUCGCAACCCCUGAGUCAUCGCUAGUGACAUCUAGCGAGGAUAAAGUCUCUGCCUCUUACCCAGCUAAAAGGCUUCAUGUACAAACACAGACAUCUAAAAAACUUGCCCAUGGUAAGUCACGAUCGGCACAGACAGAACCAGUUGAUGACAGUGAGGCAACUCCAGCUGAGCCUGCAGGAUCAAUACCAGCUGGAAAAAAUUGUGAUUGCGAUAAAAAAUACAACAAGAUGUUAAAGGACCAGAGAGAAAAACAGCAAAGAAAACUUAAUGAUGAGAAAGAGAGGGGGCUCCAAGAGUUGUCUGAUAGAUUGAAGAAGGACUUUGAGCAGGACAAACAACAAGCCGUGUCACGUGCAGUCUCUAAAAACCAACGUGAGAUCGAAAUUGCCAAACGCCAGACUGAGGAGCGUUGUAAAAUAGAAUACAUGGAGGAGAUGAAGAAAUUGGCUCAGAAACAUAAAGAAGCCAUCUCAGCUACAAAGAAAAAACAAUGGUGUUACCUGUGUGAGUCUGAGGCCACCUACCACUGUUGUUGGAAUACAAGUUAUUGCUCCACCAAAUGCCAGCACGAUCAUUGGCAGAAGGAACAUAAGCGUGUCUGUAGAAGGAAGCGCUAAAUC